AAAAAUAUUUUAGACGGAAGGAAGAAAUCUCAUAUGGAGCGAACGGCUUGUAUCGAAACGGGUAAAGAAACUCUCAUAGAAAUUGAUAAAGAUGGCAAGGGACUGGGUUUAAGUAUUGUCGGUGGAUCGGACACGGUACUUGGCACAGUUGUUAUACAUGAAGUGUACUCUGAUGGAGCAGCAGCUAUGGAUGGUCGCCUUAGAGCUGGAGAUCAAGUUCUAGAGGUGAAUAACGUAUCACUGCGUGGUGUCAGCCAUGAACAGGCGAUUUCAUUAUUGAGGCGGACACCAUCGAAAGUCCGACUUCUUGUCUAUCGUGACGUAAAUCUACAAUUGUCUUUAUUAGAUCCAACACAAAUUUAUAAUAUUUUUGAAAUUGAAUUGACUAAAAAACCUGGUCGAGGACUUGGCAUCAGUAUUGUAGGCCGUAAAAAUGAGCCUGGUGUUUAUGUAUCAGAGGUGGUUAAAGGUGGAGCUGCUGAAGCUGAUGCUCGCCUCAUGCAAGGCGAUCAAAUAUUAGCAGUGAACGGACAAGAUGUGACGAAUUCUAUGCAAGAAGAUGUUGCUGCAAUGCUUAAGGCUUGUACCGGACGCGUUUCGUUAAAGGUAGGACGAUGGAAGUUAACAGAGGCAGCUAAUCGCGUUCACUCAGCUUCAAAAACAGCUAGUUCUGAGACAUCCCGAAAUGGAGCAUUAGCAAUUAAAGCUGCAGCUAAAUCUACAUUAGAAGCUCAAACUGAUAAAAAUAUUGCACCACCAUGUUCACCAUCAUCGAAGUUAGUUAUACCUCAAGUAGCUAUAGACGAUGCUAGCCAGGUCACGUCUGCACUCCAAUCAGAUCUCUCGCCAGUCACCGAAGAACUUAAUAGUAGCACAGAUCAGAAAUCUUUGAUAGCUGAAGAAGAAAGUUCGUCAACGACAAGUCAAAGUAAAGAAAUAGAAUUAAUAACAGAUUUACGGGAAGAUGAUUGUGAUUCCUUAUUGAUUCAGUUGAAGAAGAUACCCGAUCAGCAAUUGGGUAUGGGAAUUGGAAAAAGGACGAGAGGAAUUUUAGUAACAUCAUUGCAGCCAGGAAGUAUAGCUGCUGAAAAACUGAAAGUUGGUGACAGAUUAAUGGCUGUGAAUGGACUUCCUGUCGGUGAUCAGUUAUCAGCUGUUACAUAUGUGAAAGCGAGUGGAGAAAAAUUAUGGUUGCAAAUUUCACGACCACGAAGUCUCUCAAAUGCUUAA